AACCUUCAGGAGUCUGAACACGUCACUUUAUAUCUGUUUAUUCAGAAGAGAGACACUACUUCAAGCUGCAUUCUCUCUCCUGACCACCUUCAUCACUGCUCACCUUCAUCACUGCUCACCUUCAUCACUGCUCACCUUCAUCACUUCUCACCUUCAUUACUGCUCACCUUCAUCACUUCUCACCUUUAUCACUGCUCACCUUCAUCACUUCUCACCUUCAUCACUGCUCACCUUCAUCACUGCUCAGGUGAGUCUCUCGGGUUCUUUUGAUGUAGUUCUUGUCUUGAAUCAUCUUCAGGAACAUGCAGGUAGAGACUCCGCCUCCACCAGAACCAACAUGAGUCCCAGAAGUGUCGUCUUCAAGAAGCUGUGCAAGGACAAGUCGGUGGGCGUCUACCUGGGGAGGAGGGACUUCGUGGACCACGUGGACCACGUGGACCCAGUGGAUGGCGUCGUCCUCGUCGAUCCUGUGGCUCUGCAGGGGAGGAAAGUGUUCGUCACGCUGUCCUGCACCUUCCGGUACGGCCCAGACGACGUGGACGUGAUGGGCAUCGCCUUCCGCCGGGAGCUGUACCUGUGCACGCGCCAGGUGUACCCGCCCCUGCUAGACCGCGAGGAGGGCACGCACACCCAGACACAGGCCAAGCUGCUGCGGAAGCUGGGAGGCCACGCCUACCCCUUCUUCUUCGAGUUCCCUGACAACCUGCCUUGCUCAGUGGCACUCCAGCCGGCGCCCCACGACGUCGGCAAGCAAUGUGCCGUCGAGUUCGAGGUCACGGCGUUCAGCGCCGAGAGCCGAGACGCCAAGACGCACAAACGGAGCUCCGUGAAGCUGAUGCUCAGGAAGGUCCAGUUCGCCCCUGAGGUUGAAGGUUUGGCUCCCAGUGUUGAGACCAGCCGAGACUUUGUGAUGUCGGAGCAGCCGCUGACCGUGAAGGCCAGCCUGGACAAAGAGACGUACUACCACGGUGAGACCAUCAAGGUGGACGUCAGCGUCACGAACAACUCCAACAAAAGCAUCAAGAACAUCAUCGUGUCAGUGGACCAGGUGGCCACGGUGGUGCUGUACUCCAACGACUGCUACGCCAAGUCGGUGGCCAUCGAGGACCCGGGGGACUCCGUGCCUCCCGGAGCGACCCUGCAGAAGGUCUACAAGCUGCUGCCGGUGCUGGCCAACAACCGGGAGCGGAGGGGCAUCGCGGUGGACGGCAAGCUGAAGGACGAAGACACCAACCUGGCUUCAUCCAGCAUUGUGAAGGACGAGGCGCUGAAGGAAGUCCUGGGGAUCAUGGUGUCCUACCGAGUCACGGUGAAGCUCAUCGUGGGAGGGAUGAUGGGAUCCAGUGAGGUCGACCUGGAGAUUCCCUUCAAGCUGAUGCAUCCUAAACCUGCUGCAGCGAAGGAAAGUGAGACGGAGGAGGAGGGGGAGGUGGAGUUCCAGGAGUUCCAGCGCCGCUCCAACCUGAAGGGGGCGAUGAAGGCCGAGGACGAAGACGGAAACGUGUCGGGCGGCGACGACAUGGCGCCCCAAGAGAAGUGAAGAAGAGAUUCGGCUUCAGCUCAGCCAGCUGGCGGUCUGAGUCUCCUCAGAGCGUAGAGACGUAGAGCAGCUGUGUUCAUGGCCAGGACACAGCCCCUCUCAUCACCUCAUGCUCCAGAUGUAGAGCCAUGAGCUUUGUUAGGGUCCUGGGUGACGUGUAGAAUAUGUUCUGAAGACUAAUAUUGAGGCUGGAAGCUCAUAAAUAUGAACUCAAAACAUUCAUUCAUGUUGAAUCUCACAUGUUCUCACAAGACCUGAUGAGUCUCUGUUUUAGUUUCCUAGUAACGCUUAGAUGUGAAGUAUGAACCACGGUCGUCUCCUCCUCCUCUCCAUCGGGGGGUGAAGACGAGGUCAUCAAGCAGUGAAGCUGCUGCUGCGUUCACAACGUGAUCGCUGGAGAUGUGAAGUCUGAACUGUGGCAAUAAAAGAUGGCCGCUGUGCUCCUGCUC